GCAUAUAAAAACAAACACGCGCUGCGUUUUGAUCUCUCGUGGCUCCUACCUCUCUCUGUUUCUCGCCACCGUCUUUAGUUUUCUCAGUCCCCCAAAGCCGAAGCCUUUAUAUAAAUCCGAUAAACAGCCAGAACCCAAAAAGAAGCUUCCUUGCAACGCCGAGGAGUAGAGGUGUGGGGGGCACAAUCUCCGAGACCCGCAUCUGUUUUUGUGUUUGUUGAUCUGGGUCUUUGUUGUUUUGUGAUUUAGAGGCGUUUUUCUCAUCUGGGUGUUUUUAGGGAUUAUGAGGAAGAGGGAGAGGGAGAAUCCAUGUGGGGUUUGUGGCCACUAUCACAAAUACGAGGAGGGAGAGGUCUGUGGCAUCUGCGGCCACCGUGUUCCGGCUGUUUCCGAGAAAACGGCGAUCCAAGUUAGCGCCUUUCCGUCCGAGAUCCUGCCGGAGUUUCUCUACUUGGGCAGCUACGACAACGCCUCUCGCUCCGAGCUUCUCAAGACUCAGGGAAUCUCUCGUGUUCUCAACACUGUACCUACUUGUCAAAAUCUUUACAAGAACUCUUUCACCUACCAUUACCUUCAAGAUGACAAAACUUUGCAAUUUGAGGAUGCAAACCAAUUUUUAGAGAAAUGUGAGAGGGAUAAAGCUCGUGUUUUAGUGCACUGCAUGUCAGGGAAAAAUAGGUCCCCAGCCAUUGUAAUAGCUUAUUUGAUGAAAUCGAGAGGAUGGAGACUAGCACAGGCUUAUCAGUGGGUCAAAGAACGAAGACCAGCUGUUGAAUUAACUGAAGCUGUUUAUCGGCAACUACAGGAGUAUGAGGACAAGAUCUUUGGGUCAAUUGACAGUACCAAUCAAACAUUGGCAGCCUUCCCGCCAGUAGCUGCACCUUCAUUUGGCUUUGGUUUCCCCAAAGCUAGUGAUGGAGUUCCUAUCCCUGCAUUCAACAAUGUGGCCGCUCCCUCCAUUUUUGCUAGACCCACCUUAGAUAUCCCUCCACAGGAGUUUACAUUUGGAGCUGGCCAGACUCAAAGUAAUAUCUCAGGAAGCCCUUUUACUGCCAAUCCUCCAAAUCCAAAUGCUACUGAUAUUUCUAUGGAUAGUACUUGAGAUUGCUGUUUCUACACCCUUUGCGGAUCAAAUGUUGGAUGGAAGGAAGUUAAGUGCUGACUCCAAUGAGUUUUUUAUAUUUGGAUGUAAAGUGGGAGUGACUGCUCAUAUUUUCUUGACUUUCAAUGAAUCUUUAGUUCACAAUAUUUGACAGGGCGGUAAUAGUAUGAUGGGUUUUUUUCUCUGCUCAUGUUUCAGUUCUGUAAGUGGGAACAUUUUUUUUUCAAUUGAUGCAUGACCUAUACAAAGUUCUAUUACAUA